UGCUUUAACUUAGUGGGCUCUGAAAGUAGCCUCUCAAACAAAAGUUGCAUUUUGGUCAGUAAAACAUUAUUUACAAACUCGUGCUGUAAAUUAUCCUCUCGUUUGGACCACAGAGACUUAACUCGGGGAGUUAGCGUUGUUUAUGUGUCAAUGUAAAUAGAAAUAAAGUUCCAGCUUUAAUGUGGGAGAGCCACUGGAGAGCAGAUAUGGAUGCAGAUGGGGCACGAUGCUAGCUGCUAACAAGCUACCAAGGAAAUGGUGAACGUGGACGUUUUCUACUGAAGAACAGCAACAGAAGUCGAUCUACUGACAUGGAGGGCAACGGAGAGAUCAGUGACACUGACAGCGGCAUCAUCCUUCAUUCAGGCUCUGACAGCCCAAAGACGCAUACGAAGGAUGUGACCACACACACACGGGCCAUGAAGCUCAAACACCAGGCUCUCCAAGAACGACUGGAGAUCUGCAUUCUGGAGCUGAAGAAACUCUGCAUCCGAGAAGCUGAGCUGACAGGCCAGCUGUCAGAUGAUUACCCUCUACUGCCUGGAGAGAAGCCUCCGCAGAUUCGCAAACGUAUUGGUGCUGCGUUUAAACUUGACGCACAAAGCAUCCCUCAAGGAGCAGAGGAGUCCGAACUGAGUAUGGUGGAUGCUGAGUUAGCUCUUCAGAUGAAGAUAUUUGAGGCUGAGCGUAAGCUUUGCGAGGAGGGUCACCUGAGUAAGGCUGUCAAAAAGAGCCGCUUACAGCGGUGCAAGAGAGAGGAAAAGAAACUUAAACAACUACAAGAAACAGCCUUUCAGCUGCGACUGGAGCGUGGUCGAUCAUCACCACUCCCUGCUUUUAAUAUUGCACAACAAGAUCUGGGAACAUCUGAUGACAGCUCUCUGUCGGACUCUGUAGUGCAAGAUGAAGAAGUGACAAGCCAGUCAUCACAGCUAUCUUCAGGACUCCUGUAUCCAGGAGAGACCGACCCUCCCCAGCCUCCCCCUGUGUCCUCACAGUCCUUCAUAGACGGCUCCUACAUGUCUCCAUCUGUGGCUUCACAGCCACUGACCCCGAUCCAUUCUCCACAUCCAAGCCUCAACUCUAGGAGUUUAACCUCAAGCCCUGCAUUUGACCCUCCUCCCAUCCAGCACUCCCCGUGGACAGAGUCUAGUCUCGACCAACCUUACCAGAAGAGCAAGAAGUCGCGUUCCUCCAGCAAGACGAGCAGUCCAGCCAAAAGUGAAUUGCUGCCGCCGUUGGAGGCUUGCUUAGCACAGUCUGCUCUGCCGAUGCAACUUUCCCAUCUGAGGCUGAGCCGCACCCAGUCGAACAGCACGCCCUCCACGCCAGAGAUGCGCGUGCACAGACAACUUUCCCUCAGGCUAUCCAACCCUGAAUCUCCAUUUGAAAAGAACCGUGGUCGCACCAGAGGUCCACGGAGGCGCCUGACAGAAUACGCAAUAACUUUACCAGAGACUCCUCCACCUGCGGGCAGCUAUGGAAACCAUGCCAGCUCCGAAGACAGCAAUUCCGAACACUCGUUUACAUCCUACAACAGCUCGCUGUGUCAGGAGUUGCCCUGUGACUCGCCCAAACGGUAUCAGUCUGGAUUCCCGCACUCUAGCCCUGUUGGCAACUAUGGGCCUCAAGCCUUCCCACGCUCUGGCUUUUACCAUAAUCCCAGGCACCAGUCCAGCCCCAGUUUUCACAAAGCCUAUUAUAAUGAAGAAAUGGUCUACCCACCUGAUCUAGACCUGGCACAGAGCUAUUACGCCCAGCAGGCUCCCUGUCCUCCCAACAGAUAUGAGUAUUGGUAUAAAGACGUAGCUGUGCCCCACCAGAGAACACAGAGGCCUUUACCUCCUGAUAUCAGGCUCUCCCCCUCCCCAGCUCAAUGGGACCAUCCACACUACCGCUCCAGUGGUCUGCCACAACAAGUAGUGAAUGAACAGCUCAUGUCGUGGCACCUACGCAGUCAGCUCAGAUCCCCCAGGUCUCGUUCUCUAGACAGACAGGGCGCAGUCAGAAUUAAAAACAUGUCAGCUCUGGAGUCGACUUGCUUCCAAAACCAGAAGUACCACGAACAGGUUAUCCAAAGAAGGGCUCCCCAAAGAGCUGCAGAUGACACUGCAGGGCACUGGGUUGUAGAUGACGGCUCUCACUUUGUAAGUCAAGUGUAAACCAACCUGAACUUAGACCACAAACUGAACACGUUAACUCAGAGACUGCAACUGCAUUCAUUCCCAAUUAAACCAAAGUGAAGUAGUCAGAAAGAAAAUCCAGUCAGAUUAACUGUUUGUGCCCAUAAAGAAUUACUUGUUUACCUAUCUGGGCAUAUAGAGGGAACAUUUUACAAUAUAAUGUAAUCUAGUAUGAUACCACAAACUGUGCCCUCCAAAGUUACUGUAAAGUUGAAUCAAACACCUCUCUGACACAGUCACAGUACAGCUGAUUGCAGAGCAGUUGUAUUGUAUUUGGAGUACAACUGUAAAGUGUGCCUGUUGCUUUGUCCACUCUCUGUAUGUUGUGUUGUACUAACAGUUAUUAAUGAAGCAUUGGACUGAAUGCUUGUUAUGUGUUAAAUGUUAUGAAUUCAAUAGGGAUAAAUACUCUUUAUUACUGAGCUCUGUUUAACGAGGUGUCCAAGGCUGACACCAUAAACCUACUGCCAGCUCAAAACUAAUAUGAUCACAAUCACAGAGUUUCUCUGUCAUUAAAUACAGGGUUAUUUUGAUAUGUGGAGAAAUUAUGAAUUAAAUAGUAAUUGACCAUAAAGUGGCAGAUAGACACAGAAAUGUCCAACGAAAUUGGGCAUUGUACUUACAUUAUGACAAAUGUGAAUGUUUUUAAAACAACCUUCCUCGUGUAACUAGCAAUUAGGCCGUUGUUGAAGUUAAUCUCAGAUGAAUUAUGAUUAAUUUUCAAGAAGUCACACGUAAAGGUGUCAGGUAAACCACUUUAGGUACUAAAUCAUACAACAUAGUGCUGCAUUAGAUGUGUCUAUCUGUAGCUAAAAACACAUCGCUACAUAAUACAGAUGUGUGUGAGGAUGUGCUCAAGACAGAGAAGUUCACUUUUUGCAGUGUGGUAGGUGGAGAAUAAAGUGCUCCUUGUCGCCUUGCUGGAUGAAGGAAAUAGAUUCAUUGUAUAAUAAUGUAAAUGAGCAACACAUCCUUUUUUAACUACAUUUUGUGCAUAAUGUCGCCGUGAUUGAGUCACCGUGUUAAUGAACGCGAGCUGCUUAAAUUUCAAAUUUGUCAAAUGUGUCUUGAUUUUAUACUUACAUGUGUCUGUGGCUGUGCCAGUUAACUUGAAUUACUAACAAACUUAAUCAACUAGCUGAAAUUAGAUAUUAACUUACUCACAUGACAUAUAAAGUAGCAAAUUAAGACAAGCAGAGUCUUGAUGCUUGGCAGCUAUUGACAUGUCAAAUUGAACUUUGAAUGAGGUUUAACUGAAAAAAGUGUUUGGAACAGCAUAUUAUUAGACACUAACCUUUAUGUGAGAACCAAGACAAUUUCAACUCUUGAGGUGAACUGUAUUUGAAACACUGCCAUUAUGUCCCCCACAUGCUUUUGAGAAUGAGAGAAAAUUACUGCAAAUUCCACUACAGCUACACACUGACUGGUCUCUCACAUUGAUCUAUUUAUGUGUUAAUUUAUUGUCCUUUGCACCAUUGGACUUGAAAUAAAAGAAGACGUGGACCUGAAUUUGCAAAAUCCAGCAGCAGUAAAGACUGUGUCUAGUUGUGUGUGUGUAUAUAUAUCAAAAGACCACAAUCAUGUUACCUUGUGUGCCUCUUUUUUACAGUUUUUUUUAUUUAUCAGUUAAAGUAGUUUAAGUGGACCUAAUAAUAAUGUGUUAUUUUGCUGUUAAAAAAAAUCUGUGAAAUGUUUUCCCUGUGGAAGAAAAUAAAGAGUAAUA